UAUCUGCGCACUAGAUCUUGUCGCACUGCUGCGGUUGCCGCAUUCGUCUAUCUGCAGUCUGCGUGAAGGCGAUCUCUGUUCUGCUCUCUCGACCUCUACGAUGGCUGCAUCCUCGGCUGCGGAGAAGGAGAAGGAAAGGCCUGGAUCGGUUAGCAUCGCCAAUGUACCCGGCAACAGCACGCGGGAGAAGCUGUUGUCUGUGCUGGAGGACUUGGAGGUGCUGUCGAGGGAACUUAUAGAGAAUCUGGCAAUUUCAAGAAGCCAAAAGUUGCUUCAACCUGGAGAGGAAAACCAGAUUAUAGAGUUGUUAAUUCAUAGAGAUGGGGAAUUUCAAGAACUAAUGAAAUUGGCACUUGAACAAGGAAAAGUCCAUCAUGAAAUGCAACUACUAGAAAAAGAAGUAGAGAAGAGAGAUAGUGACAUUCAACAAUUACAGAAACAGCUGAAGGAAGCAGAGCAGAUAUUGGCAACAGCUGUUUAUCAAGCAAAAGAAAAACUCAAAUCCAUAGAUAAAGCAAGAAAAGGUGCCAUCUCUUCUGAAGAAAUAAUUAAGUAUGCACAUAGGAUCAGUGCCAGUAAUGCUGUGUGUGCCCCACUAACAUGGGUCCCAGGGGACCCGCGGAGACCUUACCCAACUGAUUUAGAGAUGAGAAGCGGAUUGUUAGGUCAGAUGAAUAAUCCAUCCACUAACGGUGUAAAUGGCCAUUUACCAGGGGAUGCACUUGCAGCAGGCAGGUUGCCAGAUGUUCUAGCUCCACAAUACCCAUGGCAGUCAAGUGAUAUGUCAGUUAACAUGUUACCACCAAAUCACAGCAAUGACUUUAUGUUGGAGCCACCUGGGCAUAAUAAGGAGAAUGAAGAUGAUGUGGAAGUUAUGUCAACAGACUCCUCAAGUAGUAGCAGUGACUCGGAUUAAGAGCCAUGCCAGAGGAAAAUGUAUUACAUCUGAUCACAGAAAUACUGAAACAAGCAUGCAGAACCAAAAACCUGUAACAGUUGUCUAUUGUGUAAAUGUUCAGCCUGUUCAGUACCUCCGUGGACUUUGUUUUCAUAAUCAAAAUCAUGACUUCAGAUCCAGUCCACCAGAACUGAGUUUAAUAAAUUAUUAAAGUGGUUGGUGUGACUUUUAUUAUUAUAGUAAAUGUUUCCAUUUUCUCGAGGGUAUAAUUUAAAGAGCUGUCUUUUCCAGGCCUAUUCCAGUUAUAUUGGAUUAAAUGUAACUGGAUUGGAGGUUAUAGAAAAAUGAAUGACAGUGUUUUGCUAACAGCUCUACUAUCCCAUAGAUCUUGAAUGUAUUACGUGUUUUAAAGAUAUAACCAAACUUCUCAUUUGAAAGCAAAGUUUACUUACUGUCUUUUGCUUGAAAGUUGUAUUUCAUUACUAUCUCAAGGGUACAGUAAUGAAGUGAAUUUCAUGUGUAAUCACCGUAAAUGUUUUUGUAAAUAAACUCAACAGUGUACAUUUAAAAGUAUAAACAGUACUUUUAAUGAAAGAUGUGAAAUUACUUCUGUGGAAUAUAUCUUAUUCUGAAUAUUGAUCAUAAUUUUGUACCAAGAAGGGAGUAUUGGUGCACUCUAGACAAGAACAGGUUAGGAGGAGGAAUAAAUAGCUUCUGCAAAACUAUAGAAACCAGAGAUCGAAUAUAGGAGCAAUGUCUCCUAGGGCCCUGAUUCAUGCAAAUAAGGCUGAUUUUCCUUAAGUAUUGAAGCCCCACUUGAAAUGUCAACACAUAGACAAGAUACCUGGUAGUAGUAUAAGUACAAAAGUUAGCAUACAGGGAGCCAGAAGCAUUUUUCUCAGGUUUCUGACUUGUGGGCCACCAUGACCAACCCAGAAUGGGAGUCUGCACUCAACUGAGUUAAUGCCAUAUCCUUACUGAAUUUUCUAUCCAUGCUGUGGCUAACUAAACUUCCUUUGGUUAAUUGUUAGAUCUAGAAUGUCUCAUUUUAUCCCAAACCUGAACCAAUAAAUUAGCUUGUCUUGCCCUAUGAGGAACAUUAAUAUGCUUAUUAUUUAAUAUUACUCUGAUCCAUCCUUUUUCUCAUUUUGUCACUCCCCACUUCUGGAAGCAGUCAGUGAGUGAGUAAUGUGAUCACUCCAAGCCCCCAAAGCAUCUGCUUGUUACCCAGAUUGGGCUGGACAGGAGACUCUUUCUUCAGUUUACUCUGGAGAACCACCUUGAGCUAAGCCCUCUCCAGAGGGCAUCUCUUGUCCUUGCUUUCUAAUCAAAGUUAAGAGGUGGCAUGGUCUACAUGAGGGAGAACAAACCAGGGAAUGAACUUGAUGGAGAUGAUUUUUUGUUUUUCUGGCCAAGAUUUCUGGAGGCAACUGAGGUCAGGAAACAACUAGCACUUCUUAAGUGUCUUGAGAGGGGCACAAAGAGCCUCACCUGAAGGCUAGCCCACUUUCCCUAUCUGCAGACUGAUCAACUGAAGAUUAGUCCUGCCCUCCAAUGAAGUGAUAGGGAGGAGCCUGAGAACUCAAUUUCCUUCUUACAGAGUGUGCCAGUUUGGCCUUUGCUGGGGACAUCACAAUGAUGGACUGCCAGGUCAAUCAGAAGACACAAGGCCUAUUGGCCUUCACAUCUGGCAAAGAUGGAGGCAGGCCAUGGACUUCUUUAUUAUCAGGCCCUAUUGAUAGCUUGCUUGGAAAACUGCCUCAGUUUACCUAUUUGUGAAACUUUCAAUACAAAUAGUUGCUGGAGUCAUUAGGAUUGGAUUGGAUGAGCUUGUGGUGGAAGUGUGAUUCCCCAGACAGCUUCCAGGAUACUGGUAGUGCUCACACUGUGAGGCAACCCUAAUUGACUCAUCAAGAGACUUGAUCAUUUUGUGGAUAUUUAGCAAUUAGACAGACGUGAAUGUGCCCAGUACCUUUAAGAAUGACAUCCCAGUGAAUGUUGUAAAUUCAUUUGUAUAAUUUUCAGUUUUUGUAAGUGAGUAAUAGUGAUCUCCUAGCCCACUGGCUUCAGUAGUUAGGUUUAUUUACUACUCUGACUUGAAUUUUGGGAUUGUCUAAAAACUAAGUGAAUUGCUUGUGAUUUUUUUUUCCCCCUUUGGUACUUUGUUGGGGGGAGGGAGGGACAAUCGGGAAUUGUGCCAUAUAAAGUUUGUUGGAACUCCUUGAUGUAAGACUCUAGGGGAAGCACUUAUAUGUAAAAAAAUACAACAACUCAUUUCUUGUUUGGCACACAUCAGUCAAAAAUAUUAAUUAAAUGAGUCUAAGCAUCA